CUUUCCAUUUGCCCUAUGCUGUUUUGUUUCCGUUUAUUCUAUUUCCGUUUCUCAAACUUUCCCCCAUUCACAGUUCAAGUCCUAGUUAACGCUAAUAUUUUUGAAAAGUACGAAGCCCCGCGUGCAUAUAGCGAAAUCGUACGCGUUUCUUGCGCUUACGGUGGACCCGCGGUUGUGUAACGAGGGCUGCCUCGCCCCACGCCAACACCGCCGCUUAGGAAAUGUGCUGCUAACUUUGGUCACUCUCUGCCUCACCGAGUAACUUACUCGACCUGACGUUUAGUUCGUGGCUAAUUCAUCCGAACCCUCGCAACGUGUAUAUGUACAUUUUAAGGGGGCUCUUUUGACGUACGUUGGCCUAGCGUUUGGCCUUAAGACGCUAAAGCCUCGCCCUCGAGUGUGCUAACGUUAGCCGAUAGCAGUCGACAGUCCCAGGCGGCAAAGUACUGUAGGAGUCGUGGAGGCCACCACCUCCUUACUACAUUUGUAAACUACCCAGCACAUUCACUAACCACUUUAAACCUUCUUUAAGAGCAUAUUGGAGAUUCUUCCCGAUUAAAACGCCUUCAUAAAACGUAAUAGAUCCAAUGCCAGCAGAUAAUUUAAGAGGUUGCCAUUAUCAUUCAACAGAUAGCUUGGCCAUGCAUAUGGGUAAUUUUCACAUAAGAAUAUUAACUUUGAAAAAAACACUUUGACAAAUUUCGAAUUCUGCUUAUAUGUAAUUGUCUCCAGUGCUGAAGCAGCCAUACUUGAAAGUUGUUUUUAAAAUGUUACUUCAAAAUUGAGGCCAUAAUAGCAAAGAUGGGAUAAAUAUAGAAAUGUCUUGGCUGUACUUCACAAAUGUAGUCAACACAAUUUAUAAAACUGUUUUGGGGAAAAAAAUAAACAAUGAUAACGGCCUAAAUUUAGCCACAAGUUUGAUGAUGGAAUUCAUUGACAGAGCAAAUUUGGUAGCCCACUGACACACUCAAAAAAUGCUUAAUGAUCAAAAUAAACUUUCUAGCAACAAUGUGGGUGGUACAAUUUACACAUUGCAGAAUAUGCUCUGUUGAUACAAGUGCAUAAGUGAACCUAACUAGUCAUAAACUCCAUUACACUCUUGACAUUAUGCAAUUUUUCUGAUUGUUACACAAAGGUAUACCUCAGAAAUACCCAUCUAUUUUGCUGUCUGCUAUUAUCUGAAUGCAAAAUCUGGCACUUCAGAUCACAUAUUCGUCUGAUCUACUUUAUUGCGACACACUUCAAUAAAGGCAUUGGGGUAUUUAGCAUUGGAAAAAAAGUCACCUAAGAACAUUCAGAAGAUUGAGAAGAUAAUUCACUAAAAAACUUUAUCCACCGUUAAUGUGUACCGCAAAUCUGUACACAGGUCCCCUCCUGGAAAAAAUAUUUUCGAGAGGGGAAGUAAAAAAAAAAAAAUUGGUUGCACAAGUGUGUCGUGCACAUCCUUUUAAAACUGUGAAUGUCGCAGUGUCACAAUCAUAUUUAUAACCACAAAGAAACACAUUUCGUUUUCAUUUUUCAAAAGUCUCCAGGAAACACAUGGUGCACUGCCACUGGAAGUCACCAAAAGCGAAAGGAACAAGUUUAAGAAGAUGUAAACAUACAACAGUGCUCGCCACUCUUUCAGAGACGAUGUCCAAGAGUGGAGCAGAAGAGAUGAUUGAGAUCGAGAUUGACGACCGAGAAAAACAAGCAUGCUUGGAGGAGGGGACCAUGGAGGAACAAACCAUCAUGGCGUCAGAUCUGAUCCAGCAAGACAUCGACAUCAACGAGCCGGUCGGCAAUUUGAAGAAGCUGUUGGAGCCUCGUCUCCAAAUAUCACUGGAGACUUAUGAUAUAUGCUUGCAGGACAUUCAGUUGCACCCAGAUCACAGCCUCUUUGAUCAGGGCGUCAAAACAGACGGCACGGUGCAGCUCAGCCUGCAGCUCAUCACCAAACCGGGUGAGGAGAAGCUGAACAUCUUGGAGAUAGUGAAGCCCGUCGAGACGGUGGAGGUGGUGAUCGACCCGGAUGCGGCAGGGGAGGAGGGCUCGCUGGUGGAUGAGGGGCAGCUCAUCGCCGUGGACCGAUCCGGCCUGUCCAACGAGACCUCGGAGCAGGUGACACGCUGGGCCGCUGCGCUGGAAGGCUACCGCAAGGAGCAAGUCCGACUGGGCAUACCAUAUGACCCCGUUCUGUGGACGGCCGAUCAAGCGAUCCACUGGGCUGUGUGGGUGAUGAAAGAAUUCAACAUUGACGAAAUGGAAAUCGGGAGCAUUCACAUCCCCGGCCGAAACCUCUGCGCAUUCACCCAAGAAGAGUUCCUUCAGAAAGUGCCCAAUGGAGAGAUCCUCUGGAGUCACCUCGAACUCCUCCGCAAAUAUGUUUUGGUGAGCCAGGACCAGUCCGGAGGGGACGCCACAGUCACCAUCGAUCAACCUGUGCAGAUAAUCCCGGCCCAAGUCAGCACGCCCACGGCCAUUAAAGUAUUGAAGCAGAGUCGCGGACCCAGGACGCCCCGCAUUUCGGGAGAGGAGCGCAGUUCUCCCGGCAACCGCACAGGCAACAACGGUCAAAUCCAGCUGUGGCAGUUCCUGCUGGAACUGCUGACGGACAAAGACGCCAGGGAUUGCAUCUCCUGGGUGGGCGAGGAGGGAGAGUUCAAGCUCAACCAGCCCGAGCUGGUGGCUCAAAAGUGGGGCCAGCGGAAGAACAAGCCUACAAUGAACUACGAGAAACUCAGCAGAGCCCUCAGGUAUUACUAUGACGGCGACAUGAUCAGUAAGGUGCAGGGCAAGCGCUUUGUGUACAAGUUUGUGUGUGACCUGCGGACCCUGAUCGGCUACAGCGCCGCCGAGCUCAACACCCUGGUGGCGGAGUGCGAGCAGAAGAAGAUGUCGCGGAUGCAGGUGCACGGCAUUGGGCAGCCCAUCACCACUGUGACGUUGGCAACCACGCUAGACAAGGACAGCUGAAGGAGGAGAAGGGAGGCCUUACCUCAUGAACGCUCCCAAUGAACUUUGCUGACACAGCCGAGUGGAUGAACGCUUUCUUUCAGCAUUUUUUCCAAACCACGAAAGUGGUGGACAAGAGGGUACAAAUGAAAUGUGGCAAAAAGUGAAUGCUUUGAAUGUGACUGAAAAGAUGUCUUCCUUGUCUUUAGCGACGACCAUAGUGUGUGUGUAUAAAUAUAGUGUAUAUGCAUAUGUAUGUACGCAGACGCCGUACACACACUGUUUUUUGGACAAUAAGUCACUUCAAAGUAUAAAUCGCACUAAUCCCAAAAAAAAAAAAUGCAUCAAGGAGUUGUGGUGGAUUAUGUCAGAUUUUGGGGCAGAAUUAUUUUUGCAAAAACUGACAAGGACAGUAGCGCUCAGACUCACACCCAAAGUCCUCGUUCCCGAAUCACGUUGACGUCAGCGGAAGAGAUUUGUUGGAUUUGAAACUUUUGCUUCUAUGGAGAAGCUUUUCUUUUUGUUUCAAAAUGAACUGCCAAAAGAAAUGGAAGUGGGAGUAGAAGUGGUCAGUUUGCUGCAACAAGUCUCCCCAGCGAACUUGCCAGUUUGUCAUGUGGGAUCCAAUUGACAGCAGCAAAAAGCGCAAAACUCUGCCAUGAAUUCUUUUCCACAAUGCAACGUGGCAUUCUAGUUAAGGUAAACCGAAAAGUCCUAGUGAGUUUGAAGUUGCAGGACCAACCAACUAUGAGAUAAGUGUGACUUAUAGUCCGAAAAAUCAUGUUUUUGAUAGCCGCCCCCACAGCCCUUGUAUUUUCAUAUUUUUCCUUUUAUAGAAGACCCUUUUUGUAUUUUUAUUUUAGUGUAUGUCCCCUGCAAUUGUGGACAACAUUUUCGUCCAUAAAGGGGGAAUAAAGUGGCAAACAAUU